AUGAACCCCACGAUUACAUGCCGACGGCGCAUUAAUCUACUUGAAAAUAUCGAUAUUGCCCCAUUUCCCGCUCCCAAGGCUCGCAUCGUCACAUUAGAACCGGUUUCUAAACGAUCAAGAUCUAAAGCCAAAGGCAAAUCCUCCGCCUCCGAUACCACAGCGGCCCCAGACACCUCCUCCAUAGACACCCCAGUCAGCGGCGCAGCUGGCUCCGCGGACCACCACCGACCACCGCUCAGUCCCUCUCCGAGCAAUGUCAGUUCCUCUAGCCGACCUAGCAAUAGCAGCCAGAGCUUUCAGAUCGCAAGCGAUCCAAGCUCAUCCACAAGCACAGGUGGAGGACGAAAUAGCGAAGGUCGUAGUGCGACUCCUUCCGUCACGGAUAAGACCAUCGUUGCCAAGGCGGAAGUUUUGCGCGCAGGCGUGCUACCAGGGGACACAUUGCCUAUCAAAGUCACCAUCAAUCAUUGCAAACAGGUGCGCAGCGCGCAUGGUAUCAUAAUCACUCUAUAUCGGCAGGGUCGCAUUGACCUACACCCAUCCAUCCCUAUUGGGAAUAAUGCGAAUGGGAAGAAACCGAUAUAUGAAGACUGUUAUCCGCGAUCUCGUACUGGGCUUGGUGGAUUGACCCUCGGGACCACUCGCAACAGCAGCACCUUCCGCAAGGAUCUAUCUCAAUCCUUUGCGCCAUUGAUCGUGGAUCCUACCAACUUGACUGCUAUUGUAAAAACAUCCAUCCGAGUCCCCGAAGAUGCAUUCCCCACCAUCACUCGGGUCCCCGGUGCCAUGAUCAACUUUCGCUAUUACGUGGAGAUUGUGGUCGAUCUCCGUGGUAAGAUCACCUCACCUGAUCGUUUCAUCCCCCGCUUCAACAUGGUUUCAGGCGGCAGCACAUUUUCACCUAGCGGCCAAAUUUUGAACCCGGCGGAUGCCAAAGGCAGUGCAAUAACAGCAAAUUGGGCGGGCAAUAUUCUCGAUACGGACCGAAUCCGUCGUGAGAAAGGUGUCAUCUCCGUGGCCUUCGAAGUCGUCGUUGGUACCAGAGAUUCUAAACGCGGUCAAGCCCCCAUUGAGCGCACAUCAUCUGUUGCUGCCGAAUCGACCACUUCUCAAGUUCCUCCUACCCCUUCGAAUCCUGUCAAUAAUGGAGAGGCAGAGGAAUGGGCUGAAUCAAACCCUGCUGGAGAGUAUGGACCGGAUGAGUAUGGACCAGAGGAUCACAUGUUCCCCGAUGAAUCGUGGCCGGAAUACCCUGAAGAAUACUCACAACAAUUCCCCCAUGCUGGUCCCAUGACUGCACAUCCUGAAGUUGAGGAACCUGUCGAUGAAAAGACUCGAGUUCGACGGCAUCAAGAAGCACUCUUGCCGAGUCAACCACCAGAUGAGGAUGAAGCAGGGUCUUCAGUUGAGAUGGCAGCGCCGACCGCUCCAGUCUUGCCAGAUGAUCAUCACCUGCAGGACUACCACCAUGUGUCCUCGGACACAGAUGCAAUGUCUCAUGUUCGGUCUGCAGAAUCACUGCAGACCGUGGUCGUGAAUGGUAGUGCCCCUGAACCCAGCGAAUCAUCUGCCCAAGGCGAUGAUAAGCAAGAGCUCGAGCGUCAGCGAUUGAUGCAGCAGGUGAGCGCCCCUAGUGCACCGCCUGCUGAAGAGAACAAUGGCGAGGGCCCCAGUGCCCCGGUCUUUGACGAAGACGAUCAACUCGUGGGUGGCACUGCGCAUGCGGACGAGUCAUUACCUCGGUACCAGCGAUGA